UUUUUUCUGCUCUGUGAAUGUAUUCAAUCGACCGAAGCGGUGCGGUGCGUUGAUAAUUCCGUAACGGAAAAGCCGCUUAUUGUAUUUUGAUAUCCGGUGCAUUUGAUGUUUUUAUGAGUUACAUACAGUGCUAAUAAAAUAGUGUUCUUUAGGCGUUACUUACCAUUUCUUUAUGCCAAUCAAGAAUCUUAGUGAUACUUCAACAUAACUAUGAGCACCACUGAUAUAAAUAAAGUGGAAAAUGAAGAUGACAACAAAACCCUGGAUAAGCUUCAAAUUGAGGCAGAAGAGAAAGAAAUGAUGCUGAAAGUGGAACAUCUAGCUGAUGAUGAUGUUGAACUCCGUAAUGACGAGGGACCAGUCAAGACAGCACUCUCUGGGGACAUAACAGAACAGGGGCGAGAAGUCAAACCUAAAUUUAUACCUAUUGGUGCCAUUAAAAUGCCUGGUUUCUUUACAAGAAAUUCUGACAGGGAAAAAUCUAAGGAAGAGGAAGCUAUUGAAAAAGACACGGACAAUGAAAAGAAUCAGGAUAAAACUGACGAUGAAACCAAAUCCAAGCAGCGCUUCCAGUUUUUACAAACUUGCCCAUUUACCAAAUUUAUUAAACAAGCUCCAAAGGAAACUGAUGGCGAUAAUACUGGGCAGAAAAAACGCUUAGGAAUAUUUAAUUUUAUGAACCCAAAAAUGUUUCAAAAGCGCUCUGCAGGAGCAGCUGAAGCCACACUCGCAUCUAUGGAGACACUGGAAGAUAAAAUCGACACACCCAAUGAUGGAAUGGAAAAUGUGAAACUGGAUGUGGCUGAUGAACAAGAUGGAAAAGUAGCUACAAGGCUUCCCUUAAAAGAAAGGAUUCGACAAAAGAAGUUCAUAAUAGAUGACCUCAUGGUGUGCGGGGUGACACUGCUAGUCUUGUUGGCGGUCAUAGUUGGGAUAGUGAUCGGCGCGCGAUCCGGCCCGCCAUUAGAGCGCCCACUUCGUCUCGGUCGCUUUAUCACUACACAAACCUCUUGCGGAUUAAUUGAAGGGAUUCUGGACGAUGGGGUCUACAACUUUUUCGGCAUACCAUAUGCAACUCCUCCUGUGGAAGAAAAGAGAUUUACCUAUGCACAGCCUUUGAAUAACAUAUCAAUGUGUUGGAAUGGUACUCUGGAAGUCCACGAACCUGGUCCGUUAUGUCUACAAUUUUUGGAAAAUGGUACCAUCAUAGGAGAUGAAGAUUGCUUAACUCUGGAUGUAGUUACUCCCCACGUGAGAUACGAUUCACCGUUACCCGUUGUCGUUCUGAUCGGUGCGAAUACGCUAGCGGGCGGCAUCAGUCCCGCUCAGCCGUCGGCUAUGUAUGCACGCACUAAAGAAGUCGUCUUCGUGCGACCCAACUUUAGGCUCGGUUCCUUUGGGUUUUUAGCUCUAGAUAUUUUAUCCAACUCAAAAUACCCGCCCACAUCCGGCAAUUACGGUCUGAGUGACUUACUUGUUGCGCUCAAAUGGAUACAGAAUAAUAUUAAGCAUUUCGGAGGGGACCCAGACUCUGUAACACUGCUCGGGCAUAGAGCCGGAGCGACCUUAACCGCCGCUCUGACCACCGUGCUUAACGCCCAUAAACUGUAUUCGCGCGUGUGGCUCUCGUCACCCUCUGUGAUCUUCCCAGGUAAACCCUUGGAGCAAACUCAAAAGAGUAAUGAACAGUUUAAACAGAUCAGUAAGUGUAACGACGUCGAUUGCUUGCGUCGCAUAUCCCAGCUGGAGAUCUUAAGCGCGACACCCGACACGUGGUUGGGGAGUGACGUUAGUACAUUACCGACUUCCGACGAAUUCAAACGCUCCUGGUUAGUACUCGACGGGCAGUACCUCCGGACACACGCCUACGAACGUUGGGACGCACAGAAAGAAGCAAAGAAUAUUGGCAACGAGAAAAUGUUCAAGCCGAUCGUGUUCGGGACCACCCAACACUCUGGUCACACUGAGCUGUUACGAAUGAAACAUCUAAAUUGGACGGCAGAAAUUGUGGAAAAAAUGGUCAACGAAAGCUAUCUAGGGGAGAAGAAUUUGACGGAGGACGUGUUUAAAAUUUUCAAUAAAUCGUACUCGGGGCUUGUGGAGCUGAUUUCUUCGGUGCGAACGCUGUGCCCGCUUGUUAGCCUGGCGCGUAUGCGACUGAGUGCGCCGCUGUACGUGGCUCUAGGGGCAGGCGCGGGCGGCGGCGCGAUGGGUUCCGGCUUAGCCGACAUCGACUCCGACAUCCAGGCCAUCCUCGGCACCUUCGACUCCGUGAUGCCCGAACAGCGCCGCUUUAUGGCGGCCAUCCAACAGCUGUUCUACUACUACGUCUGGAACGGCAAGCUGCCGGGCGACCAACACGAUCUGAUAGCGGUGGGACAAGACUUCCUCCCGCAUCGCGGUCUCCCGGAGUGCGAUCUACUCAUACAGAAAGACGUUGUACCACGGCACGCGCAUGUCGAUUGAUUCACUAAAUGAAUUUCCAGAAUCUUUACUUUUCAAUGUGUGUAACUUAAAACUUCUGUAUUAGUUUUUUUUUUUAUUGAAUGUACUUUUUUCCUGUAAAUCUAGCUUUCUCUGUACUUACGAUGCAAGUGUUCGCCGUUUGAUCAUAUCAUGGUAUCGCCGCUCGCGUCGUUGGGAUGAUGUGAUGAUGUUUUACUUCAUAAUACUCAAAUAGAUAUUAUAAUAACUUUGAACUCGAAGCUGUUUAGUGCGUGUAACUUUUUUCACGGAAUAAUUUAAUGAACUAAUAAGACUGAUUUUCGAAACCCAUCAAAACGCGAUGAUCUCAUGUCAACAUUUAAGAUAACAGUCGCUUUAGUAUUUUUUGUACCACCUGAAAUUAUGUACUAUGUGUAGUUAGUUUUAUUACUUUUAUAAAUACUUUAUACUCAUUGUAAAAUAGUUUGAUAAGAGUAGUAAGUGUUAGAUAACUUUUCCAAAAACUAAGACUCCAUUUGAGUCUUAUUUGUAGUUUUAAGAUGGUAUUCAUAUCUACAAUAAUAGUGAUUUACUUUAAAGUCUGAUGAUCCAAAGAAUUAACUGUGGAUAAUUUUUGUAUUGAUUUAUAAUAGAAUUCUUAGUGAUUUUAUAUCUUGUGUGAAAUAGUGAUAAUAAUAAGUAUAUUAAUUAAUCAUGACAUUGACCCCAAGUAUUCUUGCCAGUUAUUAAAUUGUAAUUUGCUUGAAAGUUUUGGAUGUAUUUAUUUUUAAUUGCUUAGGCUAAAGUUUGAUGUGCAGCUAUGCCAAAUUAUGAAUCUCAAAUAUUGAAAUGGCGUUUAUUUUUGAUCGCCAGUCACUCCGAGACUGCCAUUUUUUUUACAUGUUUUCGAGCAACUCGCACAUGCUGUGUAAUUCACUUUUUUAGAAUACGUAGUUUUGUAGCUUCAUUUCGUUAAUUGGUAUAUGAAAUAUAUGUAUGAGGC